AUGACAGGAGAAGGGCGAGGAUUUGAGAUAGCUCAAGGCCGUUUGGGUCCUGGGCGAAUUCACAACUGCAUGCGUUCAAUUGGAUUAGCAGAACGAUCACUCGAACUUAUGGUUCAGCGGUCUUUAGAGAGAGUGGCCUUUGGAAAGCGUUUGGCCGAAAAGGUUUGUAGUAGAAGGUUCAAGGUCCUGUUACACGACUGAAUCUGUUAGCCAAAGAUGGCAAUUGGAUCCUACUGGUAGCUAAAACUAGUACGCCGGACGAUAACGUUGAUAAGUUUAAGCAGGCGUUUCAAAGUGUUGCCAACGAGGCUUAGGGACUAGUCAAGGCCACAAGUAGUAAUACCACUUACCUCAAUAGAUUACACUCGUGAUAAGGAACCUGUCGUAUGGGAGUCUUGUCAUGUAUUGUAGUUACUAAAAGUGUUGUACCACUGAUGAUUCUUUAGGGAAUGGUACAGGAGCAGAUCGCUCUGUCAAGAAUUGAAAUUGAACAGGCCAGACUGCUUGUCCUUAAGGCGGCACACACCAUCGAUUGCCAUGGAAACAAGGCUGCAAGAAAACAGGUGGGUAUGUCCGAGUCAGCAGUAUUGGGAGCACACGGCAACCAGGGCUGUCGGGAAUGUCACACGUGUGUUACCCCUUUAUAGUUCUAGUCAACAGUUUAGUGUGACUUAAGUUAGUGACCAUGCCGAAUUGAUCUUCCUCAGUUGUUGCAACGUGCGUUCGUCGUUGGGAGCUUAAGCAACGACGACGGCGACGAGAACGGCAAAUAAAUAAUAAUAAAAAAGAUUUAUAGGGUUUCGCACGGGUCAUGGAAAACCUGGAAAGUCAUGGAAUUAAAGCAUUUCAUUUUCAAGGCCUGGAAAGGCAUGGAAUUUAAUUGUCGGUCCUUGAGAGUCGUGGAAAAUAAAAGUUUUUGUUUGAUAGAUUAGUUACUGCCGAUGACAAGACAAGGACAAUAUAAAAUAGAGAGAAGUGAUUGAACAGCACGAACGGCAGGCAUUUUGGUGGACACCAGAGUUUGUGUCUGUUGAACUGUUUAAGGUCCAGAAAUAUCAUAAAACAAAGAAAGUCCUAAAAAGGUUUGAAAGUGACAGCUAAACCUAAGAUCUUGCCGGAAAAGUUUUGAAAGGUCAUGGAAAAAGUCAUGGAAUUUGAAUUGCUCAAAAGAGUACGAAACCCUGGGUUUAUAAUUGGAUUUGAAAAACAACAUUUUUGCACGUGCAUCACGCUUUUUUGUACAUUUCUUUGCCGCCGCUACACGGCCACAACCGGUGAAAGUGCCUAAUUUCAUUUUGUCCAGGACGUGAACGAAGACAACGACUUUCUUGUACUUUUCCUGAACUUUGAUGUAGUGUUUUAGAAUUCAACUCCAGAAUUUUUGCAAACAUUUGACGAAUUGAACGAGUUGGAAUAAGCGCGAUAAAGUUUGAAGCAGCGCGAAUUCACGUUUGUAGUGACGCUUUCGUAGACCUCGCCGUACGUCGUUGUCGCGUAAGCUCCCUAAUGUUCUCUAUCUCAACCUGAAGUUUUUCUGGCGGCUCUGUGUGAAAGAAAGUACGGAGCUGUGAACACGAAUGAAACAGCUGAACCUUUUCUUGUAUAUACCUCUUUUUUGGUAAUUAGGUAGUGUACUGUUAUAGCAAGAUUAGUUUGAUGGCGAAAAUUUCAGUAGUGAUCUGUCUUGCCAUGACAAAUGAUAUUGAAUUUGCUCACUUGGUGAACCUACCAAAUUCCAGCGGAGAAUUGGUUCAAAAAGAGUGGCACAAGACUGUUUUACAUCGAUUGAGAACUUCACUGUUUAACUCUUGCAGAUUGCUAUGGCAAAGAUCGCAGUUCCUCGCAUGGCCUGUAACGUUAUUGACCGAGCGAUUCAGGUGCAUGGUGGGAAGGGAGUAUCCCAGGAUACACCGCUGGCUUAUUUCUAUACAGGAGCUCGGAGUCUUCGCAUUGCUGAUGGACCGGAUGAGGUUCAUUUGGAGGCAGUGGCUAAACUUGAGCUGAAGGAAGCACUCAAGUCCAAGAUGUAA